AUGUCACAGGGACAAUUAGUCAAGGCAACAACAAACAGAGUGAUAAGGCCAAUAAAACAAUUCAGCAGAAUCAUACCAUUUUUAAACGUGACAGAGAAUGUUAAAAAUGAAGCGAAACCGAAUGUUAAGAAGCUGAACGUAAAAUUAACAGGAAAAGAACAGCAACAAGAAUUUAAUGAAAAUGCCAAUUCUGUAUCCGUGAGAUUCAGUAGUAAAAGUGAUGCUGAUAAUGAUAAUGAUGAUGAAGGAAAAGAAGACGAAGGUGAUGAUGAUUAUAACGAUGAAGAUAAGAAUGAUGAUUCUGAAGGUGACUUUUCCUCUGAAUAUGAAGUAGAAGCAAGAGAAACCGCCAAAUAUCAGAUACCAGGAAGAAGAAAGGAGGAGAAAAGGAUGGAGAAGAAUUAUGAUAGGGAAGGAGACGCAGACGACAUAGACAUAGACGACAUAGACGACAUAGUGUUGAAGCCAGAGUAUGAAGAAUGGAUGGCGGACUUAAUUACAGGAUUAAAGAGAUACUUAGACGGAAAAAUCUGA